AUGCCUCCACAAGUCCGCAUCUUCACCUCGCCAAGGUCUCUUGGUGAGACCCUCUCAAGUCCUACUCAGCCAUCCCCCGCCACCCCUCGAUCAGUCCCCGAGCUCCCCGACUUGCCAAAGCCCAUCACCACCCCGGCCCUGAAGGCCCGCCAGCACGCCAUGUCGGAGGCCUACCACGACGACAAGCCCAAGGGCGGUGUCACCUACGCCCACCAGGAUGACCUGCCGAAGCUGCCCAUCCCGGAGCUCGAGGUUAGCUGCGAGAAGUACCUGACUUCCCUCAGGCCCCUCCAAUCGGCUAGGGAACACGCGGAAACGAGGCAUGCCGUGCAGGCCUUCCUCCGGAAUGAGGGUCCGGAGCUGAAUGAGAAGCUCAAGCGGUAUGCCGAAGCGAGGACGAGCUAUAUCGAGCAAUUCUGGUAUGAUUCGUACCUGAACUUUGACAACCCUGUCGUCCUCAACCUCAACCCGUUCUUCCUGCUGGAGGACGAUCCCACGCCAGCCCGGAACAACCAGGUGACCCGGGCCGGCUCGCUCGUGGUAUCGGCCCUGGAGUUUGUGAGGGCCGUACGCAAGGAAGAGCUACCACCGGACACCGUUAAGGGCACCCCCUUAUGCAUGUAUCAGUAUUCGCGCCUGUUCGGCACCGCCCGGGUCCCCACCGACGCAGGAUGCCAGAUCGAGCAGGACCCUGAAUCCAAGCACAUCGUCGUCAUGUGUCACGGCCAGUUCUACUGGUUCGAUGUCCUGGACGACGACUCGGACCUCAUCAUGACGGAGCGGGAUAUCGCCAUCAACCUGCAGACCAUCAUCGACGACGCUGCGCAGACCCCCAUCCAGGACGCCGCCAAGGGCGCCUUGGGCGUGCUUAGCACCGAGAACCGGAAGGUGUGGUCGGGGCUGCGGGACGUCUUGAUGCGGGAGCCCGGUUCGAACAAUGCCGAUUGCCUGAGCAUCGUUGAUACCGCCCUGUUCGUGGUCUGCCUCGACUAUUCCGAGCCCGCCGACGCCGCCGCGCUCUGCCAGAACAUGCUCUGCGGCACCAGCGAAAUCGAGAAGGGCGUCCAAAUCGGCACCUGCACUAACCGGUGGUAUGACAAGCUGCAGAUCAUUGUCUGCAAAAACGGGAGCGCCGGCAUCAACUUUGAGCAUACCGGCGUGGACGGCCACACCGUGUUGCGUUUUGCUAGCGAUCUGUACACGGAUACCAUCCUCCGCUUUGCGAGGACCAUCAAUGGAAAGGCCCCAACGCUGUGGGCGUCCACCAGCCCCGACCCGUCCAAGCGCGACCCCGAGAGCUUCGGGGACGUGAAUACAACACCGCACAAGCUGGAGUGGGAUAUGCUCCCCGAGCUCCGCAUCGCGGUGAGGUUCGCCGAGACCCGACUCGCGGACCUGAUCGAGCAGAACGAGUUCCAAUGCCUCGACUUUGGCGCCUACGGCAAGAACUUCAUCACCUCGAUGGGCUUCUCGCCCGACGCCUUCGUCCAGAUGGCUUUCCAGGCGGCCUACUACGGCCUAUACGGGCGUAUCGAGUGCACCUACGAGCCGGCCAUGACCAAGAUGUACCUGCAUGGCCGCACCGAGGCCAUCCGCACCGUGUCGGACGAGUCGGUCAACUUUGUCCAGACCUUCUGGGCCGACAACCCGGCCGAGCAGAAGAUCGAUGCCCUCCGCAAAGCCUGCCAGCGCCACGUUGCCACAACGCGCGAGUGCGCCAAGGCACAGGGCUGCGACCGCCACCUGUACGCCCUCUUCUGUCUCUGGCAGCGCACCGUCGACGAGUACGCCGGAAGCUCCGUCUCCGGUAGCAACGGCUACUCCUCCCCCAUCGACAACCUUUCCGACCGCGGCGGCAGCAGCCCCCCGCGCGAGCCCGCCUACCUCCUCGACGGCAGCACCGCCACCCACAACCACCACCGCAGUCACUCCCCAACCCACGCCCAAAGCAACACCACCGCAGCCCCGUCCCCACCCCCCACCACAACCCGCUCCCGCGGCGACAGCAUCCAAUCCCACGGCAGCGCGGCCAGCUCCAGCAGCAGCCCCGCGCCGCACCACCUCCCCCUCAUCUUCGCGGACGCCGGGUGGGACAAGAUCAACACCACCAUCCUCUCCACCUCCAACUGCGGCAACCCCUCGCUGCGCCAGUUCGGCUUCGGCCCCGUCUCGGGCGACGGCUUCGGCAUCGGCUACAUCAUCAAGGACGAGGGCAUCUCCAUCUGCGUCUCGUCCCGCCACCGCCAGACCCGCCGCUUCGUCGACACCCUCGACAGCUACCUGCUCGAGAUCCGCCGCAUCCUGCGCAUCUCCGCCCAGGGGCGUGCCGGCGGCGGGCUGGCGGGGCUGGGGAUCAGGGGGAGUCGUGCUAGGGAGGUCGAGGGGUUGCGGAAUGGGCUUCAUCAUCAUCACCAUCAUCACCAUGCUGGUGCUGCUGGCGGUGGUGGUGUGAAUCAGGACGGGAAGGGGGUCGGUGGUGGUGGUGGUGCUGGGGGGAAGGGUGCCCCCGGCGGUGGUGCGCAGAGGAUGCGGGUUCGGGGGCGGUUGAUUACGGGCGCGGACGGCCUGCGGAAAGCGUCGUCGGAUUUGGGUGGCGGGGGUGGUGCUAAUGGUAGUGUGUCGUCGCCGACGGAGGAGAGUCUGGGGAUGAGUGAGGAUGAUGAGUUGGGCGGGUAUGGGUUCUUUGACGCUGGCAUGCUGCUGCAGGCGCUCAAGGCGAGGGGCGAGAACCUUGAUAGCGGCGAGACUAAGCCGUCGGAACGAGCCGCGGUGCAGGCGCGGAGGCGGGAUAUCGGGAAGAAGUUGAGGUUGAUUGACUAUUAAAGGGGUUAGCGGUUGACUGGCGGUUGGAGGCUUACUUGGGAAGGGAAGGGAAGGGAAGGGAAGGGAAGGGAAGGGGAGGGCGGUUGUUGUUUUUAGUACUGCAUGGAUACCUACCUAGCGAUGGCUUGAUGUUGAUAUGGGUAGAGGAGAUUGCUGGUUGGCUUGUUGAUUCUGGUUAGCGUUUCUAGUAGAAGGGAUACAUUUAUCGUCAAAGAUCAGUUGUUUAUACUCUUCACCCCCAUGUUUCU